GUUUGAUUGUCUCCUCCGAAGGAGAAUACUUGGAUAGUAUGGUUCUGAGGAUUAUCACAAGUUAGAGAUCUCAGUAGUCUUCCUGCCAUGUAGAUUAGAGGCACUGAAGCUUUUACUCAGGCAGAUCUCUGAGGAUGGCAAGCUAUUACAUGUGUGUUCCGAUCACCCCUGCAGUUCCUUGCCGCAUUCCUUUAAUCAAAAGGGUCUUCGUCAUGGCUCUCUUCCUGUUUCUAUUAUUCCAAUUCACGUCUGUCCUCCCUCAUCUCGUUCCUCGAACCCCAUCGUAUCCCGUGGUCAUCUCGGAGGAGGUGAAAGGCUAUGCCCUCAUCGUCUGGAAGAUUGCCGUUAUGUUCACGGAAUACUGUCAUCUGUCACUCUCAACGAGUAGUCGACUGUGUGAGGGGUGCCUCCUGGUAUCGGGCUUUACUAGAGCAAUGCAAGGCUUGGAAAGAGGACAUCCUGCUCUUGCCUGGCCAAGGGUCUGAUUGCAUCGUUUCCAAAUUUGGUUGAAUGGAAGACAAUGUAGAGUUCAUCGCGGUUCGACGGUGCGAAAGCGGAUUGUGCCAACAUGGACAUACAAGAGGAAGGGUGAUGGGGGCACGUUGUUUCGACGCGAAGAGAGGCUAGGGAGGGGGCCAUUGA